AUGUUCCGCAAUCUUUCAUCUUUCGUGGUGAAAACUACUCGUCAAAUCCAGGUAACAGACCCGCCUUAAAAUAUUUUCAUUUAUAUUGUUCUUUUUCAGGCUUCCGCUGCCUCUUCGUCCGCCGCUUUCAACGGUUUCAUCCCGACGGAAAGAAUCGAGAAGAGGUACACUUUGAGCAGUGGACCAGGAGGACAAAAUGUGCAAAAAAAUGCCACUAAAGUCGAAAUUCGCUUUAAAGUGAGCGAAGCGGAAUGGCUCUCUGAAUCACUGCGGACGUCCAUUGAAGAAAAGUUGUCCCAUCGAAUUAACUCGGUCGGAGAGGUUAGUUCAAGUGCAUUUAAAAUGUAUACAUUUUGACAUUUCAGCUGAUCAUCGACAGCGAUAGAACUCGUGAACGUCAUCUGAACGUCGCCGAUUGCUUCGACAAGCUGCGGACUGCGAUUUAUGAUAUUCAGAGGGAGGAAGGAAAAAGGCUGACAACUGAUGAGGACGAGAAGAUUCUCAGAGAGGUAACGUCUAAUUAUCUGAAAAUCACAUGUUUUUGUGAAGUUUAGAGAGCCGCCGUCGCAACUCAGCACCGCCUACAUGAAAAGAGACGAGUAAGCGAGAAGAAGACGUCGCGACGGGCUGCCGUCGAGCUGUAA